GGCUGGCACGCGUUUCUGACUGUUGGACAAAGUGCCGACAAUAAAGGAUGAGGCGAGUACAUGCAUGGAGCUACUAUGGUUUCAAUUCAUUUUGAGAACCACUAGCAAGCCCAACAGCUGGAUACAAGGGACACGAGAGUACUAUAUACGCGCAAUGUAUAUUGUUUGAAAUAUUUCUGUGAAGUUGCCGCAGAAUUCUGUCCACUUCUAGCCGUUGAGCAAGUCACUCAUUGUCAUCCAUAGAGGAAAUCUAAGCUAUCACUGAGGUGCAUAUAACCACAGAGAAAAAAACAAACCUAUGUUUUCUUGGGAAUACGAGAGCAGAGGCAGAUUUGACACUAGGCCUACAUAUUGAUAGCCAGUAUUAUUAAGUUCAGUGUCAGGUCAUUUGGGCACGUACGAACACACCGCACUAAUCCAGUUUCUGAACAAGCAAAGAGAUGCAAUAAUAUUAAUCGAAGUGGAAAGGGAACGCUACCUUUUAUUUUUUUUAUAAAACCUAAAUUGAAAGCUGAAGGGGAAGUACAAUUUUUUUAAUAUUUUUUUUUUAUUAUAAAUCUUAGACACAGUUUACUCCUCAACCUAAUUCAUUUGUUUACAAUUUUAAAGUGUAGGCUCUAUGUUAAACCAUUACACAUUCAURAAAUGGAAAAAAGGCACACAUCUCAUGACAUUCAUCCCACAUGUGCCAUUGAAACCAGUCCAAUUCAAUGGGGAAGUGCAGAUUCAAGUCUAGUAGGUGUCUCUCACUUGAACGUUAGCUUAGCAUAGGUUAGCCUAGCUAAUUUAGCCUAGUGUGGGUUAGCCCAGUAUUGGUUAGUCGAGCUAGCGUAGUUGGUGACCCUUGACCUCUAACCCUUGACCCCCAUUCCUCCAAGACCCAAUAAUGGCGUCGGUACGGUUCACGGUGACGCCCACCAAGGCCGAGGACCUUCCGGGACUGUCGGACACCUCGCCGGACAUCAGUUCCCGGUCCAGCGGCCGCGGCCACGUACGUUUUGGCUCGCGGGAGAGUGUGAACCGCAGUGAACCGCUAAGCGAGGGGUCGGGAGGGCUCACCACAACUGGUGAAAACGAGACGCCUGACAGGACCAGCACAGAGCAAGGAGAUGGCAAUGCCAAAAUGUCCAAUGUCUACAUCAACAACAGUCAUGGGGUGGACGAUGAUGACUUCUACGACCGAAACUUGGCUCUCUUUGAGGAGGAGAUGGACACUAGGCCGAAGGUAUCUUCCCUCCUCAACCGUCUGGCCAACUACACCAACCUGACCCAGGGGGCCAGGGAGCACGAGGAGGCAGAGAGCAUAGGAGAGAAGAGAAAGGCCCACAAGUCUCCCCAGAUGGGUACGUUCAUGGGGGUGUACCUGCCAUGCCUGCAGAACAUCUUCGGGGUGAUCUUGUUCCUGCGUCUCACCUGGGUGGUGGGAACUGCCGGUGUGCUGCAGGCUCUCUGCAUCGUCUUCAUAUGCUGCUGCUGCACUUUACUGACUGCUAUCUCAAUGAGUGCCAUCGCCACCAAUGGAGUUGUACCAGCGGGUGGUUCCUACUUCAUGAUCAGUCGUUCUCUGGGGCCAGAGUUUGGGGGGGCGGUGGGGCUGUGCUUCUACCUGGGCACCACUUUCGCCGGGGCCAUGUACAUCCUGGGAGCCAUCGAGAUCCUGCUGAUGUACAUUGCCCCGUGGGCGGCCAUCUUUGUCUCCAGCGGUCCGGACGGUGAGGGAGCAGCCAUGUUGAACAACAUGAGGGUCUACGGCUCAAUCUUCCUCCUCCUCAUGGCGUUACUGGUCUUUGUCGGCGUCAAAUAUGUCAACAAGCUGGCGUCCGUCUUCCUGGCCUGUGUCAUCAUCUCCAUCCUGUCCAUCUACACCGGAGCGCUGGUCUCCGCCUUCAGUCCGCCCACUUUCCCGGUGUGUAUGCUGGGUAACCGUACCCUGUCAGGACACAUCCUCCAUGAUAGUCCCUGUGCCAAGACCACCCUGCCCAAAGAACCACCCAGACCUGUGGAUACCAACCUCACACUCGCUGGAAACGGCACGGUGCCCUCAACCUUUGAUCCCUCCCUGCCCUCCUCUGAGGCGACCACGGCCCUGUGGCUGCAGUUCUGUGAAGGCCCAGACCUCAACGCUUCCUGUGACUACUACUUUAACCUCAGCAACAUCUCUGAGAUACCUGGCAUACCAGGCCUGUCCAGUGGAGUUAUCACAGAGAACAUAUGGAGUGUUUACCUCAGUAAAGGGGACGUCCUGGAGAAAGGGUCACUCCCCUCGCCCAGACCCGUCCACCCACCCACCAAUCGGCUGCCAUAUGUCUUCGCUGACAUCACCACCUCCUUCACGCUAUUGGUGGGAAUCUUCUUCCCCUCAGUCACAGGUAUAAUGGCUGGUUCUAACCGGUCUGGGGACCUGAAAGACGCUCAACGCUCCAUCCCCAUAGGAACCAUCAUGGCCAUCCUCACUACCUCCCUUGUCUACCUGAGCAGUGUGGUACUGUUUGGAGCCUGCAUCGAAGGAGUGGUGCUCAGAGACAAGUUUGGAGACUCUGUAAAGGGGAACCUGGUAGUGGGCACCUUGUCUUGGCCCUCCCCCUGGGUCAUUGUGAUUGGCUCCUUCUUUUCGACGUGCGGCGCUGGCCUCCAAUCACUGACGGGCGCUCCCCGCCUCCUCCAGGCCAUCGCCAAGGACAACAUCAUCCCUUUCCUCAGGGUGUUUGGUCAUGGCAAGGCUAAUGGAGAGCCUACCUGGGCUCUGCUCCUGACAGCUCUGAUAGCUGAGCUGGGAAUCCUCAUUGCUUCUCUGGACCUGGUUGCACCCAUCCUCUCCAUGUUCUUCUUGAUGUGCUAUCUGUUUGUGAACCUGGCCUGUGCUCUGCAGACGCUGCUGAGAACCCCCAACUGGAGACCACGCUUCUCCUACUACCACUGGACCUUGUCAUUUUUGGGUAUGAUCAUCUGCUUGGCGCUGAUGUUCAUAUCGUCAUGGUACUAUGCUAUUGUUGCUAUAGUGAUUGCUGGCAUGAUCUACAAAUACAUCGAGUACCACGGGGCAGAGAAGGAGUGGGGCGAUGGUAUCCGGGGUCUGUCCCUCAGCGCUGCUCGUUACGCCCUCUUGAGGUUGGAAGAGGGACCACCACACACCAAGAACUGGAGACCCCAGCUCUUAGUUCUAUUGAAGUUAGAUGAGGAUGCAUAUGUCAAGUCUCCCCGCCUGCUAACCUUUGCAUCUCAGCUGAAGGCAGGUAAAGGUCUGACCAUCGUAGGGACCGUCAUCACUGGAAACUACCUCCAUAGCUACGGAGAGGCACUGGCUGCAGAACAGACUCUGAAGCACCAGAUGGACAAGGAGAAGGUGAAAGGGUUCUGUCAGUGUAUUGUGGCUAACAAGGCCAGGGAGGGCAUCAGUCACAUGAUCCAGUCCAGUGGGUUAGGAGGGAUGAGGCACAACACUGUGGUUAUGGGCUGGCCCCUGGCCUGGAGGCAGAGUGAGGAUCCACAGUCCUGGAAGACCUUUAUCAACACGGUGCGUGUGACGACAGCGGCCCACCUGGCCCUACUUGUGCCCAAGAACAUCUCUCUGUUCCCCGGCAACAGCGAGCCGUGUGCGGAGGGAUACAUUGACGUGUGGUGGAUCGUCCACGACGGGGGCAUGCUCAUGCUACUGCCCUUCCUGCUGAGGCAACACAAGGUGUGGCGUAAGUGUGCGAUGCGUAUCUUCACGGUGGCUCAGAUGGAGGAUAACUCUAUUCAGAUGAAGAAGGACCUGGCUACGUUCCUCUACCACCUCCGCAUAGAGGCUGAUGUUGAAGUGGUGGAGAUGCAUAACAGUGACAUCUCAGCCUACACCUAUGAGAGGACUCUUAUGAUGGAGCAGAGGUCUCAGAUGCUCAGACAGAUGAGGCUGUCCAAGUCUGACCGAGAGAAAGAGGUGCGGAGGCCGCAACAAGCCCAGUUGGUAAAGGAUCGUAACUCCAUGCUUCGGCUAACCAGCAUUGGUUCUGACGACGAUGAAGACACCGACGGGGGUGGAGGCCCCACAGGAAAUGCCGAAAAGGGAGGAGGAGCAGCCGGAGGAAGGGAGAGGGAUGGAGGGAUGUCAGCCUCGGAGAACAGACGAGUCCACAUGACCUGGACUAAGGAGAAGGCCCUGCAGUACAGAGCUACACACUCCGGCUGUAGUACGCCAGAGGGCUUCAGAGAUAUGCUCAGUAUCAGGCCGGACCACUCCAACGUGCGGCGGAUGCACACGGCCGUCAAGCUCAACGAGGUCAUCGUCAACAAAUCCCAUGAUGCUCGGCUGGUCCUGCUCAACAUGCCGGGACCGCCACGGAACCCAGCCGGAGACGAAAACUAUAUGGAAUUUCUGGAAGUUCUAACUGAGGGAUUGGAACGCGUCCUAUUGGUCAGGGGUGGAGGAAGUGAAGUCAUCACCAUCUACUCCUGAUUUGCUCACACAAACCAGCUAUGUCAGAGCAGCCAAUCACAUGGAAGAGAAUGCUAAGGGAGGUGGGGCUAAGGAGCCCUGGGGGUGUGGCCCCUCUGUCAGACAGCGCAAAGAUGGACUGUCAUUGGCUGCAGCUUGGAUAAACCCCUCCCAUCUCUCCGCUGUCAGUCAUUAUUCCUAGGCUUCCCCAUUCCACUAAAGACAAGCUACAAAAAGCCAACACGAUUCAUCAAGUGAACAUUGAGCGAGAGUUCUCAUAAUGUGUGUCUAAGUGUAUGAGAGAUUUUCAUCUCAACAUAUAAUACAAAAAGGACCAGCCCACGUGACCAGACCAGGAAAACUCCUGGUUAUAGCUGAUAACUAGGGCCCUGAGUUUUCCUCCUGAUCAGGUCACAUGGUCAGGAAAAACUCCUGGCCCCCCACAUAAUGCACAAUAAUAUACAGCAGUGGGAUCAGGGACCAGUGUUUAUGUCCCAAAUGGCACCAUGUUCCCCAUAGUGCACUACUUUUGCACUAAAUAGGGAAUAGGGUGCGAUUUUGGACUUACAGUGUGUAGUAUGAGCCUGUGUGGACCAAUGGAUGAUAGUCAUAAUCUAGUAGACAGACAGACCAUAUAGAAUCUAGAACACCCUGAAACAGUGAGUGUUCCACUGAGUGACUCAGGGGUUAGUUAUAGUAAACGACAACAGGCAGUCUUUUCCAAAAUCCACUUGUCUAACAUGCUAGAGUGAAGCUGUGCAUUCUACGUAGUAUGGAUUAUUGGAACGCAGACCUGAUGAUGAGUGGAUUGUGUGGUACGAGUGUGAGAAAAUGUGUACUUUGUAUGUAUGUACAUUGUGUAGGCUAGAGCUAGACAGAGAAUGGACUUGGGUUCAUAUACUAUUUGAAAUAAUUUUAAAUACUUGAGCUAUGCUUGAUGGAACUAACAGAAUAGUGCCAAAACAUGCAAACCCAACGUUUGGUAUUGGUGUCUCCAACCAGGCAAACUAAAGCAGACAGACGCUCAAGAAGAAACAUUUUAAAUAGUACCCAGGUUUUGUGAUGAUAAGUUAUAAUAGCCUGCUGGUCUCUGAUCUGUAUUUGGGUCAUUAUCAUUAAACCAGUUUUAAAAUGUCUGUACCAAAUUGAGUUACAAAACCAUGAUGCAUCUUCAAAAAUCAACUAUCAUUCUGAAGAAUAAGAUGUCUAGUUUUGGGGAAAGUGUUUUAUUUGAAAUAAAUGUUACAUUUUCAUCCCAAAUUCUCAUUACCGAAAUGCGUCUGGAUUAAAUUCUCUGGUCUAUUAAAAAAAUAAUCUUUACAAAAAUUUAACCUAUUUGAAUAAAACACCAAAUAUGUUGCUGUAGUUUGUCCAUAAAUCAUAGAAAUGGUAUACUAGUUGGAGUUUACAUUAAAGUAUAAUAUUUAUUAAGUACAAAUGGACGUUUCAUUACUUAUUCAAGUUCCUGUAAAACAUUUUUAAUAAAGUUUUAUUCACCCAUGAUGCAUAAUCUAGAGGAGUAGUCCUUAUAUGAGCACAAGUUGUUAAUUUAUUAGCUUGUAUGCCUUCAGAAUAAGGUUCUUCUUCUCAAACCCCCCCUUUACCCCACUUGGCCUUCUCAUUACUGAAAUGGCUGAAGAGCUCAAAUAGGGGGGGAAAAGUAAGAUUUUGUAUUUUAUAAUAAUUGUAUAAUUCUAUUUUCAGUGUUAUGUUUAACUCGGGCCUUUUCAUUAGGGAAGACAUUUAAAAAAAAAAAUCUAAAUAUUGAUUUGUUUAUGACUUUUUUUUACUUUUAAAACUGUUACGGUAAUGACAAUUUUGUGAAACUGUUGGUAAAAUGCAUCAUAUCUGAUCAAAAAACUAUUAUGAAAUAGAUAAGUACAUAUCCUAAUCUCAUUGAUUUCAAGAGGAUAUUUUGUGAAAAAUUACAACAUUUUGGCGGACAGUUUUGUGAAAAUGACCCAUUUGCUAUAGCCAACUCCUCUAACUAUACAGCCAUAGGAGUUAGUUAAAGCAUAGACAGAUCUGGGACCAGGCUGUCCUUGAGUAGAGAGCGGUGUGAGUAAGACAUUUGUAGUUCAGGACUUGGACUGCAUAAAGGUACAUGUGUUGACAGCAAAGGCUCCUAGUUUAGGUGAAAAUUAUGAUGAUGCAGUGUCUAUUCCCUAGAUGUGUUUUCUCAAGGCGGGUCCCCAAAUCAAGGCCUACCAAGUCAAAUCAAGGCCUACCAAGUCAAUAUCAAGGGGGUGAUUCACUUUAAACACAACAGUAGUCAAUUGAAACCAAAUUAUUUUAGGCCUGCCCUGCCUGGUAGGUGAAACACUUGAGUGAGAGAGGUGUGGAAGGUUUUAAGUAUGUAAGGAAUGGAUUGAAGUAUUGUGAAUGAGUAACAGUGUUGUAGGUAGCCAUAUUAGGUGGGGGGGGGGGGGGGGUUAUUGUUGCACACUGGACCACCGUUGUAAAGAGACCAUUACCCUGCAUGCUGUUUUAACAUUGUUUUUACGUUGCACUGUCAGUGAAAGGGAGGGAUUGGAAGUUUGCGUGCGCGCUUGUGUGUGUGUGAGAGAAUGAUUAUGUGUAUGCUGUAUGUGGGUGAGCUGUAUGCUUACACCAAAUAAGGAAAAAGGUGAUUUAAAAAAAAAAGAAGAAAAAAAAGUUAUCUUACGAGUUAUCCUCCACCUCGCUACCUACCUAUUAGUACAUGCCUGUGCUGUUCCGUCAGCUUCUGCUGUGCUAACUGCCCAUUUAUUUCCCAAAUGGCACUCUACUUCCUUUGUAGUGCACUAUGUUGGGAAUUAGGGUGCCAUUUGGGACACCAGCUGGCGGUAUUUUAUUCCACAAUGCUUGUCUUCGAUCUUCUCAAUGUAUUGACUUUAUUGUACAGGGAUGGAUUAUUUGUGUUCAAUUGUUUUUCCUCCACCAUUUGUUUUUGCUUGUACAUAAAAACUUAGAGAAAUCCCA